CAACCAAAGAGCACAGGAGGCGGAGGGGCAGCAGCCACCAUCCCUCCCCGCCUCCCCGCCAGAGCCUCCUGGUCGCCUACUCGGUCUGCAUGGGGAUGACAGGUGCUGAUGGGUUUCCCUGCUGUAGCAAGGAUUCGGUGGACAUAGUGGAAACACAGAUUGACUUAAGCCAACACCAGCUCCAGCCUUCACAGGAGCAUCUCCAGCCUGAACAAGAGGAACUCCAGCCUGAACAAGAUGAAAUCCAGCCUGAACAAGAUGAAAUCCAGCCUGAACAAGAUGAAAUCCAGCCUGAACAAGAUGAAAUACAGCCUGAACAAGAGGAACUCCAGCCCGAACAAGAGGAGAUCCAGCCCGAACAAGAUGAGAUCCAGCCCGAACUAGAUGAGAUCCAGCCCGAACAAGAUGAAAUCCAGCCCGAACAAGAUGAAAUCCAGCCCGAACAAGAUGAAAUCCAGCCCGAACAAGAUGAGAUCCAGCCUGCACAAGAAGAGCUCCAGCCUGCACAAGAGGAAGAUGGGAAAGAGAAGGAAGAUGAAUUGCCAGACUUGAAUCUCCCACCUAACGAGGACCUGGAACAAGACACAAAACUGAAGCAGGAGGCCGAGGCUAUGCCGCCAUUGGAGUGUGGCCCGCCGUUGGAGAUCUACCCCAUGCUUAAGCCUGAGGCCAAGCUGGACUCCAGCUCGAAGCUCUUCAGUGAAGACCUGGGGGAACAGAGGUCCAGGGAAGAAUCCCUCCGGCCCCUCAAGAGGGCGCCAACACAGAACAUCCAACCGUGGAAUGUGAGGUCAAGCUCCAUCACGUACCCGAGUAUCACGGACGAGGAACAAGUGGACAGCUCCCAUCGCUCCAUCUUUGUGCAGACUUCCAAGCACCUCUUCUGGGCAGACAAAGAUACCCAGGCCUCAGAAUACAACCUGCAAAUGGAGACCGGCAUGCAGCGUGGCGAGAGCAUAGAUAUGACCGCCUGCCACCUGAGCCAGAAGUCAGUCCCCCAGCCGGUCCCCAUAAAGCAGUUCCAGGACGCAAGCACCCAGCCAGAGCUUUCAGAACCAGGCACCCAGCAGCCGUCAAGCACUCACUUGCCCUCCCCCAUUCUCACACCAGCUAUCAACUUACAAGAUCUGGUCAACUUCGCAUCUUCCCUGGCCAUAGCCUCCUCCAGCAACAGGGACUUGCCCUGUUUGGAGCACAUGAUGAAACCUGCCCCCCAGAAGGCCGUGGAGCCUCCUGCGGUGCCCAUGGUAGAGAGCACCACCCUGCUUGCCCAGGAGGAGCCAGAGCAGGAAAAGCUCUCUGACUUGCAAGAGAGGCCACCCGAGAAGUCUCUGGAAGCCGGAGAGCCACAGGAAUCUUCCAAGCAGGAAGACAAGACCCUUCGCCCUUACUUUGACUUUAGCAAGCCGGAGCCCCAAAGGACCGCCUUUAAAGGGAAAAUCAAGUUUAUCCGGGCCCCGGCCAGGUCCUCUUCACUGAAUGGAGACAGGAAAGACUCCACGCCGGGAACCAAGAAAGAGCAUCCACUGAUGCUGAAAAUCCAUUUUAAGCUGUUGCCCACUUCUUCCCCCAGAGAUAUGACUAAACAAAACCAAUAAAGCCUCCAGUGCUG